CGGCGCGCGGCCGGGACCUGGAGGCAGCGCCGUGCAGCGGGCGCGGUUCAGUCGGAAGGCAGCGGCGGCGGUGGAGCAGGAGGAGGAUGUGGGCCACGCACGGACUGGCGGUGGCGCUGGCCCUGAGCGUGCUGCCUGACGGCCAGGCGCUGCGGCCCGGCGACUGCGAAGUUUGUGUUUCUUAUCUGGGAAGAUUUUACCAGGACCUCAAAGACAGAGAUGUCACAUUCUCACCAGCCUCUGUUGAAAAAGAACUUGUGAAGUUCUGCCGCGAAGCAAGAGGCAAAGAGAACCGUUUGUGCUACUACAUUGGGGCCACAGAUGAUGCUGCCACAAAGAUCAUCAACGAGGUGUCGAAGCCGCUUGCCCACCACAUCCCUGUGGAGAAGAUCUGUGAGAAGCUGAAGAAGAAAGAUAGCCAGAUCUGUGAGCUGAAGUAUGACAAGCAGAUUGACCUGAGCACAGUGGACCUGAAGAAGCUUCGAGUUAAAGAGCUAAAGAAGAUCUUGGACGACUGGGGGGAGACGUGCAAAGGCUGUGCAGAAAAGUCUGACUACAUCCGGAAGAUUAACGAACUGAUGCCUAAAUACGCCCCCAAGGCAGCCAGUUCACGGACUGAUUUGUAGUCGCUGAUGCCUGCUGCACCUGAGGGAAAGAAGCGGUUCAGCUUUGACUUCCCCAAACAGCGUUUUGUAAUUUAUUUUUUAGGCCGGCUCCUGACCAUGUCAGGUGUGAAGCCUGGAGCUUUCCUGAUGAUGCUGGCUCUCCAGCGCCCUGGGGAGGGGGGUCACUUCCUUCUGUUGCUGGUUUUCUCUGGGACUUCAAAGUGUGUUGGAUUUUUUUAUUAAAGGGAGAAAAUUUCUAGCUGUC